AUGAAAGUGAAUGGCAAAAAGGGGAAGAAACCGGAUGUUUGGCAUAUCGGGCUCGGAUGCAUCGCUUUUUUUGCAGAGCUGGAGCCAUCUCUAUCCGUCACUGAGCAAAACCUGGCAGACCGAGUUCGGUACAUCCUGCGCUCCAACAUAUUUGGUGACGCCGAACUCGAACGACUACGACGUGAGGCUGUUCCCUCAUCGGAUGGAAAUGCUACGGCUGGGAAUGCGGCGCCACUAAUUGCGCAGCAAACUGCAAAUGUGGACGCUGCCGUCAAUAUUCCAUUUGUAGUUGAUUCAGACGAUGAUGGAAUAGUCCCCCACGAACUAGAGAAAAUGAGGAGCAUAUUGGAAGAGUCGAUGCUGGAAACGCGCAGCAUGCCUCUCGAAAAUCGACCGCGACUUCCCCGCAUACCCCUUAGCAAGCGAAAUCGGGCUGUCGUGCGGGCUCUUAACCCAAUGCUGGUGACCUAUUUGGAAGCCAGCGGGACCUUUGCGAGACGGACUCUAUUCUUUUUGGCGCCGCACUGGCAGUAUGCCGUAUUAUUGGCGCCAAACUUCCCAUGGCUGGACGUGCUACUCAACAAGGUAGUGCCAUCCCAGCCUGGAGAAAAAGAAUCGAGGACCGUAUCGCAAAGGCAAGGGCCCUUAUCGGCAGACUGA